GUCGAGGGGCGGUUGGUUAGUGCUGCCGUUUGUUUGCGGUAGUUUGCUGAUUUCUGAGCUGCAGUUCAAGGCAGCCUUACUGGGAUUAAAAAUGGCGCGUCGUGUUGGCUUUGGAACGUUAUGGCUUUUGAUGUUGGCUGUGGGGAUAGAAGCAAAAAAUGGUUAUGCUCCAGGUAGCGGUAUUGUGGCUGAGUGCCUUGGCAACAUAAUGCGGUUGAUGGUGGACGGUAAUUUUCUGCAGGGGAGAAGCUUGGAAGUGGAUGCUGUCUAUGGUACAGAUGUGGUACCCAUAACCUCCAAUCUGGCAUCACAGUGUGGCUACAGCAGGAAGUCUGACCCCUGGGGAAACGUCAGGCUCUUUGCUUCCUUGCAGAACUGCUUUUCUUAUCCUCUGAAUGAUGACAACUUCAACACAACUGUCAGGCUUAGGCUAACUGGCACCACUGCUUCAGAAGAUGCUGUACAAAUAGUCUCUAAAAUGUGCAAGCGUAGCCUGUGGGCUUUCCGAGAGAUCCUCUGUGACAGGAACUACAUGGAGGUGUCUGUUGGAAGAAAGCUUCUGGACAUUGCUGUGAAAUUGCCUUUGGGUCAGAAAGCCCCUCCUAAAGGUUCUGGUAGUGUGGUUCCAGAGCAACCUGUUGUGUCUGAGUACACAAUGUGGAAAGUGCUCUUCUAUAUGCCUAGAGGGGAGAAGACCUUAACUGUGGAAGAGGCCUUCAAGCAGGGCUAUGGCCUGGAGAGUUCACCUAAUCGUUUAGUGCUUAGAGGAUCCCAAAACUCUUCUGAGGCUUAUCUGACAGAUGUGGAUGGAGUACCCAUGUAUGUGCUGAAAACGUCAACGUUCUUCAGGCAGAAAUGGAUGGUGACACUGGUUGAUGCUGCAGUAGCCUGUCCUGCAGGUGGUGUUUCAUUCACAGAGGAUCUGAUCACUUGGAUGCUGCCUCGUAUUAUCUCCCCACUGCUCACCUCUGCUGCAUUCACACUCUUGGAAGUUCAUAUGGGCAUUGAUGGGGAGCAAUUGGAUGGCAUAACCAUGGCAUCCAGAGGCUAUGUGUUAACUGUAACGGAUCUGUACAUCACUGUUCAGAUUCCUGUGGGUUCACAGGAUGGUUACUACAAGAGUUAUGCUCCAGGGUACCAGUAUCACAUUGCCUUCACUGUUGAGCCUAUGCUUGAGCUGCUGUGGCAUGAGGAAGAUCUGCAUACUGACACAAGAUACAAAGUCCUGUAUCCCAUUACAACCCCUCUCAGGCCCAUGCCACCACAUCUCAUUGACAACACUAUCCCACAGAAGAGGAUGUUUGAAGUAGUGUUGGGCAUUUUCCUUCCUGAUGUUCAGCUGGUGAACAUCACACUUGGUUCACUGCUGCUGUCUGUGGCUGAAGCCAAUGCCCAAGGCUUCGCUGUUCAAGAGAACACUUUUCCCAAUGGGUCAAAGACCUUCUCAUUACAAGUGCCAUUCUCUGAUCCUGUAGUCUUGAAAGAUACAACAGAGCUGCAAGUAAAGAUCUUCAUACUGCCUCUAGUCUUUGGGUUGCUCAUCCUCCCUGAGCUUGCCCCAUUCAGUCACCCUGCUGUCCUAGAAGCAUCCCUGCAAGACAUAAUUCUGCCUACUGCAACUGGCACUUGUGAUCAAGAGAACUUCUAUGUCACUGUCACACUUGGCAGCAUGGGACCUAAUAUGUUGACCAUGAUAGGAAAAACAAUUUUGACGACUGAGAUUGCCAGUGGUUAUGGAUACGAGGCUAAUGGUACACACUUCAGUAUUGCUGUGCCUUUCAGGGCAGUGGAUGCCAUCUAUGAGCUGGUUGAGCCAUUCUCCUUGAGGAGCAGGCUGGACAUGACUUUUUCGGAUCCAGUCAACAAUACAAACUACAAUGAGUUCUCCAUAUCCUGUGGCUUUCCUGUGACCAUGGCAGAAUGUUUCCCCAAUGGCACAAUGACUGUGCUGGCCAUAAAAGUGGAGUCUGUACCCCAACUGAAUCCCAUGUAUCUGACUCUGAGGGAUCCCAGCUGUAAACCUGUGUUCUACAAUGAUAGAGUUGCCUACUUCUCAUUUGGGGUGAAUACCUGUGGAACAAGAAGAAAGUUCUCAAAGAACCUCAUGAUUUAUGAGAAUGUGGUGACUCUACCAAUGAUGCAGUCUCUGUCAAAUGCCUCCAUAAAGACUAGUCUGAAACCAUUGUACAGGCUACAGGCAUCUUGUCACUAUGUGAUCAAUACCACCCAGAUGAUGGCUUUCAACACCAGGGCCCAGCUGAAUGUGCCCCUUGCAGCAACUGGAAUAGGAAAGCUGUCUGUCAGAAUGAGGCUUUCACUGGAUGGAUCAUAUACUGCCUUCUACCAGGAUACUGACUACCCAGUUGUAAAGUACUUGCAGCAGCCCCUAUACUUUGAGGUGGAACUUAUGCAGUCAACUGACCCAUUGGUAGAAUUGUUCUUGGAGAACUGCUGGGCAACUAUGGAUGACCAGACCUUCCCAAAGUGGGAUCUAAUUGUAGACAGCUGUGAGAAUCCUGGGGACAGUUAUCCUACGCUGUUCCACCCUGUGUCCGCUGAUGCCCGGGUGAUGCUCCCCAGCCACUUCAAGCGCUUUGAGAUGGCCAUGUUCUCAUUCACUGCUAAUGGCACAGCAGUAAAGGAGAAGGUCAUUGUGCAUUGUGAUAUCAUCCUCUGUGAUGCCAGUGGCCCCCAGGAUAGCCUUUGCAACAAGCAAUGUAUGAACAAGCAGCGCAUAAGCAGACUGGGAACAAGCAUGCUGAAAAGGGUGCAUAGAAGCGUAACACACAAGGGCCCUGUCAAAAGGCGUGUGUCAUCAGGCCCAGUUAUGCUGGGUUAAAAGCAGCUUUGGCUGCAGCAGCUGAUGUGACUUUGAAAUAAAGCUUCUUGGAUCUA